ACGGACUGAACUUGUCGUCUCGUCGGAGAGCAGAGAAGAAGAAGAAGAAACCCUAAUUUCGAAUCAGAAGCAGACACAGAGAUGAGAUUUGGAGCCUUAAGGAGCAUCAUUCAACCACUGUCAAGAACACUAGCGUCCCAAUCCUCCUCUGCUUGGCCCAGAUCGGCGCGGUUCAUCGCCGGCCCUGGGAAGUUCGGGUAUGGGUUCUGCUUGAGCGGCGUCGGCGGCGGGGCCGGCUCGCUGCAGAGUCUAUCUCCAUGGUACCAGUCGGCGGCCCUGUUACACAGCCUGACGGAUACACGGUACCCGAAGAGAAGGCCGGUGGACAAGCCUCGCCGGAAGAGGGCCAGCUUGAAACCCCCAGGACCUUAUGCGUGGGUGAAGUAUGUCCCCGGGCAGCCCAUCCUUCCUAAUCAACCGAAUGAAGGAAGUGUCAAGAGAAGGAACGAGAAGAAGCGAAUAAGGCUGCGCAAAGCAUUUAUAAAGUCAGAAGCGAAGAAAAGGAAAGUCCAGAUGCAGGCAGCUAAGAGGAGGAAGAUUAAUGAGCGGGUUGAGAGAAAGAUGGCUGCAGUGGCAAGGGAAAGAGCCUGGGCUCAACGAUUAGCGGAGCUGCAGCAGCUCGAGGAAGAGAAGAAGAAAUCUAUGGCUUGAUGUUCUUUCUCCGGCAGAUCAAAGUAUGGCUGCCCAUCUUUUUCCAGGAUUCUAUUCUGUGGCAUUUCUUGAACAUCUCUGUGUUUUCUGUUGCUUUUCUCUAGGACCCUAUAGUUUGUUUUGUGGUGUAGCGUUUUGCUCUCUAGCAAAUUUUAUCCUUCAAGGAGCCGAAAGAGUUCCUUCGUUUAACAUCUGCCGGGUCUUUUGGCUGGAAGAGAAUAUGUUUCCAGUGGUUAGCAGGUAAUAAUAUCAAACCAGAGUCUGUAAUGCCCUUACACCGGAUGUUGAAAUGGCAGAGUGGCUCGACCAUUGAGCAACGGGACAAGGCAUGGGGAUUGUGAAUCAAUUUCAGUAGUAGGAUUGGAACAGCAAA